CUAAUUUGUUGCACGGUAGAAAAAUAUUCGUUUUAUUCUGAAGUACAGUAUAGAACAAAGUUCGUUGUAAAUUAUAUCGAAAUGUCUUGUAAAUUAUGUUCGUAUGAGAUUUUCCCUCGUAGACAGAGGUGUGGGUCAUUUUGCGAUGAAAUCCAGAAAGGAAUUACUGCUUGGCUGCGUUUUCAUACGAUCACUUCGUGGUGCACGCAUCUACUUUUUGGCUGUGACGGACGAAUAUUUUAAACUCAUCGAAGGCAAAUGUCAGCUUCUUGAAGUCUGAACGUUAUCAUUGCCCCGGGUUUCCUGUCUGCAGCAUGUGCAUUCCAGUCAGAUCGUGCAUCUUAUCUCGAGGCAAAGUUAGAUUGACAGCAGAUAAGUUGAACAUGAUUCGACAGAAGUCAACGCGGCUCGAACGCAUGUCACCCAGACUGAUAAACAAUCCCUUGGGUUUCGACAGCUUCUGUCGCAUGAUUUGGUUCAGAAGACUUCCGAACGUAGAAUAACGUGGUUCAAAAACACAAUGGCGAUUAUUGACAAGCUAUGGUUGAAGAAAGUGAUCAAUCACAGUAAAUUACACGAGGGUGAGGUCAAUGUCUGUCACUACGUAGUCUCUAAAGGGCUGUCCAAGGGUGAAAACUACGCAAGCCUGACCUACAGAUGCGCUGUCGUGUAUCAAGUGCAAAAUGAAGGGCAAGAAGAACGCCGACUCGAUCUUUUCAUCAAAACUCUCCCAUUCGGUGAACAACAUAAGGCUGCCAUGGAAGAAUUCGGUGCGUUCGUUAGAGAAGCCGCAUUCUAUCAAGAGUUGCUCCCCGACAUGCGGAAGAAUGUUGACGACGUCGGCGCUCCGAAAUGGUGUUAUCCUGAUGCCCCGAUUUGUGUCUUCUCGCAGAAAGACGGUCCAGAUGCGACCAUCGUCAUGCUGGACUUAAGCCUGCUCGGAUAUCGUGUGGGGGACAGACAAAACGGAGUUACGGAGGACGAAGCCAGGAUCGCGCUGCGAUCUCUCGCGAAGUUUCACGCUAACGGGAUUGAAAUCGCUCGGAAACUCGGUUCAGAUUACAAUUCUAGCGCCAAAUAUCCAGAUAUCCUGAAACCUCCGUUCGAUUCUAACGUCAUGAGGGAUUUCAUGAAGGGCAACUUGGUCUUUCGUCACAUGGAGAAUUCGCUGCGAAAAAUCCCUGGCCACGAAGCAAAGGCGGAUCGACUGAAAAAGUACUUGGACAAUACGUGUGUUGACGGAGCUGAGCGACUCUUGCUGAUGCGUCAGUUUAAAGGGAACCCUGCCCUAAACACAUACCAGCUCGGUGAUUGUUGGGUCAAUAACAUGAUGUUUCGAGACGGAGACGAUGAAAAAGGAAACAAACGUGUGCGAGGGAUAAGACAGCUCGACUUCCAACUGGUUCAAGCGGGUUCGCUGUUUCCCGAUCUUCACUAUUUUUUCGGAUCGAGCACCAACAUUGAGCUUCGGAGGAAAACGAAAACACUUCUGAAAGAAGAAUACUAUCCCGUUCUGUUUCAAGUUCUUUCGGAGUUGAAAGCGCCGCUGAAGCCGACCGACUACACUUUCGACGACUUCUGGAAGGAAUUUCAGGCUGGUAAAGAAUUCACUUUGCUCACAGGAAUGUUCGUGUUGCCGAUUAUCAUGGCGCGGAAAGACGAUAUUCCCGACUAUCAGGAGAAUGACCUCGCAAUAGAGGAUUUUCAAAGCAUGACUGAAGGAGUGAUGGCUGGCGAAUCCAGUCAUAAAAUUUUGGAAAGGUUCGCGGAUAUUGUUCAGGAAAUGAUUGACGAUGGAGUUAUUUAGGAAUCUCACGAGCCCUGGAUGAUCUUUUGUUUGCUUUGGUGUUUAUCGAGUACAUAUUUUCGAGCUUGAGGAAAUGGUCUCAGGUUCGGUGACUGACUUCGCGUGUUCGAAGCCGGAGUGCUCUUCAAUCUGAAUUCGUGAAUUUAGUUUCUUUUGUGUUCUGUGGAGUUACGUUUCAAUGAAAUCAUUCAUUCUUUCAAGUGGAACUGCGAUAAUUUAUCUGCACGAACUAUCGAUUCCAUCGCUCAACUUUUCUUUCUGAAGAAUGUCCAGAUCCUGAUUUAUCUUCUGACGUCACUGAGGUUUUUAUGGUCUUCUUACGUGAACGUGCGAGUAAAAGGAAGAGCAAAAGAAA